AUGCCCGUCACCGAGCUUUGUCUCCUCCGACUCAAAGAAGGCAAAGAAUGGACAUCGUCGGAAGUACUCGAUGGCCUGCGCAAGGCCAAGACGGUCUUGGAAAGGGUCACUGGCUCCGCAUUUCACUUUCUUCGUUGUGAAGAACAGCCAGAUACCUGUUAUAUGCACGGCGGCUGGGAAACAAUCGACGACCAUUGGAAGUUCGUGCCCAGCGAAGCGAACAAGGAAUUGCAAGCAGCAAUCAAGGACAUCGCCAUACCGGAAUGGGCAUUCCACAUUGAUAUCGACCAAGCCAAGACCCCUCUUCCAGCGCAGUCAAAGGUUAUCGCCCUCGGACGCUGGUAUCCUAAAGAAGGAAAGAUCGAUGAGCUCGAAAUGUUGUUUACUUCUGUGACUCCGACACUGGCGGCGGGGGUGGGAGGGGAGGACAAAAUUACGCGCGGCCGGAGGUUGGACAAAGGAUUCGACCCAUCAAUUGAGGGAGAGCCAAAGCCGGAGUACGUCGUGAUGACAGGCUGGGAGAGCGUCCAAGCUCACCAGGAUUUUGCGAAGAGGUUUGGAGAGUCCGAAACCGCGUCUCGGAUUCAAAGCCUGGUCAAUGGCGCGGACUUCUUCCACGCUACUGUGCUGGUAUAG